AUGUCUCCAACAUAAAGCUCUCCGCCUGUAUGUUCAUGGGUAUGUCGAUGUAUGUUUAAUCUACUGGCUGCAUACUCGUCUACGUCUUGUCUGAAUCCUCUUGAAGUUGAUCAGCCGUCAUGAGUUACACGACGACUGCUGCAGUGACAGUUGGAGUAGUGCUGGUCUCAACAGCAGGUGUGUUGGGAUAUCUUUACCUGAGCAGAAAAAGAAAACCAAAGAUUACACUGCUUAAUCCUUCUGAGAAAUACCAGUUGAGGCUCAUUGAUAAAGAGAUUGUAAGCCGUGACACCCGCAAAUUCCGGUUUGCUUUGCCCAGCCCAGAGCACGUGUUGGGAUUACCAGUAGGCAAGCAUGUUUAUCUCUCUGCCAGGAUUGAUGGCAGCUUGACCGUGCGUCCCUACACACCAGUGUCCAGCGACGAUGACAAAGGAUUUGUUGACCUAGUUGUUAAGAUUUACUUUAAGAAUGUGCACCCCAAGUUCCCUGAAGGAGGAAAGAUGUCCCAGUACUUGGAGAGUUUGAGAAUUGGAGACUUGAUUGACUUCAGAGGACCAGGAGGUUUGAUGGAGUACAAGGGCCAAGGUCAGUUUGCAUUACAAGCUGAUAAAAAGACAGCUGCUGAGAUCAAGGUUGAAAGAACCUUGGGUCUUAUAGCCGGAGGAACGGGCAUUACGCCAAUGUUGCAGCUCUUUCGUGACAUCAUGAAGAACCCAGGUGACACGACUACAUGCAGCUUGCUGUUUGCCAACCAGACUGAGAAGGACAUUCUGCUGAAGGAUGAGCUGGAGGAGAUACAGGCAAGACAUCCAAAUCGCUUCAAACUGUGGUUCACAGUGGACAAAGCACCCGCUGACUGGGAAUACAGCCAGGGCUUCAUCAAUGCUGAGAUGAUUCAGGAGCAUCUGCCUCCACCCAGUGAUGACUGUAUGAUCCUCAUGUGCGGCCCUCCUCCCAUGAUCCAGUUUGCCUGUAAUCCCAAUCUGGACAAACUAGGCUACCGGCAAAGCCAACGCUUCACCUUUUAGACCUUUGUGGAUGUGCAGGGUCACAGAUUACUCCACAGACGCUAAAUUGCUGUCGCCAAAUGCCACAAGUGCACAAUCACGUUAAAGUAAAUUUGAGCUUGCAUAGCGAGUAACCCAAUUACAGAGCAUACAUAUAGCGUUUACCAGCUAUUUUGUUGAAAGGGAAGAUUUGUUCUUUAUAUUACAAGCCUUUAUUUAAUGCAAUGCAAAGAUGGUCUGCACUGUACUCAGGCUUGCCAUUCACAUUCGUGGAUUGAGUUCGGUUAUGCUGUAAGAGAUCAUGAUAAAAUGCUGAUAUUAUAGAAGAGCCCCAAUCUAAUGCACUUGAAGAGUCACUUAUGUAUUAUGUGUGCUUUUGGACGUUAAUGCUGAAUAUAUAUAUAUAUAUAUAUAUAUAUAAUGUGCCUAUGUGACUUGACUGACAUUGUGUACAUUGUUAUGAGAUAUAUUUGCUGUCACUGGGGUAUUUUGUAUGCAUGCUGUACUCCAUAUAUUUAUGUUAACCGUGUUUAAAAAGAUUUAAAACGCAAUGGCUGUGUUUUAAACAAAAUGCACUAAAGGAAGGUGGAGUGAGUUGCUUAUUAAAGUGUUUUCACAUG